CUCUAGGGACUUUCACCGAUAGAGCUCGCUCGCUGAACAAGGACUUGGAUCUCUCGCAUCUCGCCCGGGAUCGUGCCGCCAAAAUAGCAAUUCACCCCGAACUCGCAACACUAGGUCACAAAGAUGGCGGUGACUUAUGAUCACAUCCCACCCAACCUGAUGGAAUGGAUGGUCAAACAAUACCUCUUUUUCGUAGCCACCUCGGCUUUGCCCUCGGCUCCUUCCGCUCUAUCGGGAAAUCCGACCUCGACCGACGGGAAAGAGGAUGGAUGGAAGAAGAAUGAAGAAUGGGGGUACGCAAACGUCAGUCCGAAGGAUAUGCAGGGGUUCGAGGUCGUCAACGAUCGGUGUGUCCGAUACCAAGACCUGACGGGCAGCGGCGUGGAGACGAUCGCUCACUUGCGUCAACCAGGGAACGGGAAAUUGACGAUCAUGUUCAUCGCCUUUGAAGGUGGACCCAGAAUCGUGCGGUUGUACGGCAAGGGCAAGGUUUUCGAGCGGGCGACGCCCGAGUUUGAAAAGUUGCUUCCUACGGGUGAUCCGAGGAUCGUCCCGGGUUGCCGAGCGAUCAUCGAGUUGGAAGUCCAAAAGGUUGGCACCUCAUGCGGCUUCUCGAUACCAUUCUUCAAUUACGUCAAAGAGCGUCCUGUACUAAACGACUGGGCCAAGAAGCGCGUCAAGGCCGACCUGGAGUUUAUCACUUCCACUCCAACGGACGUCGAGGAGGGUGACGAAGAAGCGGCAUUCUCCAGGCUCAUCGCUGCGCGCUCGACGGACGGUCUGAGAAAAGAAGACAUGGGUUUCAGAGCCUAUUGGAACUACAAGAAUGCCCGCAGCCGUGAUCGACUCCCGGGUCUACAGGUCCUCGCCCCGGCGAACGACGUCACGGGCGGCGCCAAGGUGCAGACUGUGAAUAUCGGCGGGGACGAGGUCGAGCUCCUUGUGAAGCCGGGCGGCACGGUCGAAAAGGUCGGAAACGAGGGCGAGAAAAAGGUCGAUGAGAGCAAGGAAAAGGUCUCUGCUGUCUGGGCACGGAGAAUAGGGAAUGUCACCAGUGACAAGGCGUUGCUCGAAGGGGUCGUCAUCGACGAGAGCGGGACGUACGAUGGCAAGACGGUCAUGAAGCUGCUUCGGAGGGAGAGGAUGAGGUCGGUGAAAUCGGGCUUGGGCAAGGACGAGAUGGUGAUGGGUCUAUGUCUGAUCGUGCUGGGGUUGGCCAUGGGCGUGGCCGUGUCGGGAGGGUUGGGAAAGAUUGGUGGGAUCGACUUGUAGUUUGUACUCAAUAGACCACGGGCAUGGGUAUCGGCAUGCGUGAGA